UCAAUCACAUUCAUUAAUUUCCGAACAUAAGCAAAAAUGUCUCUUAUUCCGAGCUUCUUCGGCCGUCGCAGCAGCAACGUGUUCGACCCAUUUUCCCUGGAUUUAUGGGAUCCUUUCGAGGGCUUUCCUCUCUCCACCAACUUCCCCUCCUCCGCCCGUGAAACCAGCGCGGUGGCCAACGCCUGCAUCGACUGGAAAGAGACGCCGGAGGCCCAUCUCUUCAAAGUUGAUGUUCCCGGGCUGAAGAAAGAAGAAGUUAAGGUUGAGGUUGAAGAUGGUGGCAUUCUUCAAAUCAGUGGAGAGAGGAGCAAGGAGCAGGAGGAGAAGAAUGACAAGUGGCACCGUGUGGAGAGGAGCAGUGGCAAAUUCUGCCGCCGCUUCAGCCUGCCAGAGAAUGCCAAGCUGGAGCAGGUGAAGGCGGCGAUGGAGAACGGGGUGCUGACUGUGACUGUGCCAAAGGAGGAAGUGAAGAAGCCAGAAGUGAAGGCGAUUGAUAUUUAUGGUUAAGUGGAACUUUGGUGGCAAAGUUGUUCUUGCUUUUCAGUCUGUGAAGAUUGAUGUUUGAUAGUUUACACUGUAAUGUAAACUAUCUAUCAUCAAAAAGUUGUGUGAGGUCGUUUCAUAAUUUGAACCUUUUAUCUGCAGCAACACCAAAUACAUAUAUAUUCUAAGUUCACAACAAGUGUCUUCUUCUAAUUUAAUCGCUUUCUUCAUGUAGCAUCAUAAAAAGUU